CUGUCUGUUUGUCUCUGACAAUUUCUCUUCUUUAAAUCAGAUUUUAAACUUACUCCUAACCUACCCCUAACCUUAACAACCCUGCUUACCUUAUGCAUAACCCAAACCUCAGAUGAAGACCCAAAAAGCACAUUUUUGUAGCCAUAUUGUGACUUUGUGGCUGUGGAAUCUGACUUUGUGGCUGUGUUAUUUAGUGGAACUCCUUCUCCUUCACUGAAGACAGCGACGUAAAGCAGUGAAGGCCGCGUUAUGACUCCGUGACGCCCCCUGGUGUUCAGUAAAGAGAAACACCGUCAGCUGCAGAACAGGAUGGCGUUUCAAACAUCAGGAAACGCCCACUUUAGUUUAUCGCACGUGUCAAUAAUGUUUGGUAUCAAGUGACCCCUUGCGAGACGCGCGGAAGUCAAUUAACGGGAAUCGUUCUCCGGUGAGCAGAGUUUAGACUUUCAAGUAUCGCAGCUGAAGUUUGACGCAGAAUACAAGUCCCUUGUCUGGUUGAGGCCUCUGUGGUAAGAUGGAGUGGCGAGAACAGACCAGUGUGACCUGUGAAGACGCCUUCACUGAGGCUCAACGGUGGAUGGAGGAAGUGACAAAUAAAUCAUUCGGAAGCAACAACUUCCGCUCUGCUCUGGAGAAUGGAGUCCUGCUCUGCCAUCUAAUCAACCAGUUGAAACCAGGCCUUAUUAAGAGAGUGAACACGCUGUCUACUCCAAUGGCCGGACUGGACAAUGUGAAUGUGUUUCUGAGAGCGUGUGGUACACUCGGUCUACACGAGGCUCAACUGUUUCAUCCUGGAGACCUGCAAGACCUGUCCACACGCGCUACACUCAGGUGUGCAGAGAGCAAAAGGAGGCUGAAAAACGUUCUAAUCACCAUCUACUGGCUGGGUCGGAAGGCCCAGGCGGAUCCCUUCUACUCUGGCCCUCAGCUCAACCUCAAAGCGUUCGAGGGACUACUGGGCAUCGCUCUGUCCAAGGCUCUAGAAGAAACCCCCAGAGGCAGUGUAACAGACAGGGACUACAGUGAUGUGAUCUACCCAGAGAGGGAUGAUGAGCUGCUGCCUCUAACCCGGUCCCAGACACCCGGCUACAGCAGAGAGGACUCCGUAGAGAGCUUUACCUCUGCCCUGAGCUUUGACUCGGCGGAGUCCCGUACCCUCAGCUGUAUCUCUGACUCCAUCCUGAGGGCCGGCAGCGAGGAUUCCAGCAGUGACGUGGAGGCGGAGAACUCUUUUAGGAUGAAGGCGGCCGAGGGCAGAGAAUCGGGACUGAGGAACUGGGGCAACGUACCUGCACCCUUCCAGAGGAAGAAACAUGAGGAAAACCGAAUUAAGGGCUGCCUCCCGAGCCCCCUCACCAGAAACUUGGAGGUAAACCCAGGAUGGAUAUGGAGCAAAUCGUUGAAUGACAUCAGGCGGUUCCCGUCGCCUACGCAAGUGGUGCGCCAGGUUUCUGAGGGUGGCAUGGAGCUGAGCCCCAGCGCCGUGAGCCAAGACCAGCUGCAGAUGGCCAGAGCCCGGGUCCACGAGAGUGAGGCCAAGUGGCACAAUGACCUGACCAAGUGGAAGCUCCGGCGGCACAGGUCUAACUGUGACCUGCGGAGGAAGAUGCAGGAGAGGGACAACAUCGUCCUGAUGGCCAACGCAGGGGUCAGUACAGUCGGGACGUUCAAUAGUCUGCAAGAGGACAGGGAAGAGGAUGAGUCCCUGUGCAGCAAUGGCCACAAGGUCUCUCCGUCCACCGCGUUCAAGGAGGGGUCCCUGGAGCUCCGACCCCACACCAGAGCCCCCACCUCGGUAAGUGAGGGUUCCCUGGUGCUCCGACCCCACACCAGAGCCCCCACCUCGGUAAGUGAGGGUUCCCUGGAGCUCCGACCCCACACCAGAGCUCCGCUGGCCCUCAGCUCCUCUGUGGAGUCACCCUACAGCCCCGUAGCGUCGGAACCCUUCACCGCCCCCAGCGUGACCCUCCAGGGACCCGGAGCCGUGCCCCAAUCAGAGCCCCUCGUCCUAGGGGGGAGGAGUCACACACUGGUGGAGCCAGACGGAGCUGGAGGAUUGGUCACUUUCCCCAACUCUGCCUCUCCCAUCUCCUCCCAGACCAUCUCUAGCCCAGCUCUCUUCAUCGCCACUGGACGAGACCACAACGUCUCCUUGCUCUCAAAUGGGAUCCCGACGACCCUCCCUGGAUCUAGCUCCAGUCUUACUACUGGUACCAGUUCUUCUCUAACUACCUCUGACCCGGUGAACGGUACCAGCUCUAACCUAACCAUCGAUACCGGCCCCUGUGCCUCCAUGGACAUCCCAGACCACGUCCUCCUCUCUACUGUAGAGUCCCUGACCUCGGUGGGAGCCUCGGGUCAUGUCUCAGCUCCCCAGCAGCAGGAGCUUCCCCUCUACAGGUACAGCUCCAGGGCUCCGGGAGGAAGAGGAAGAGGGGCAUCUGCCUCUCUCCCCAGGGGAUACCGCCGGUCUGAGGGCUCUUCGUCCUGCCUCUCUGCCGGCUUCACCCCCCGACCGUUUGGAGCCAAGUCCUCCAGAGUGUCCUCGCUACCCAGGCUCUACAAUUUGGAGAAGACUGCUUCCACACGCCCCCAGAAAAUGGUCACUAUCUCAGAGGUCGCUGUCAGGGCUCUGCCCUGGGCCACAGCCAAUCGGAGCAGUGUGAACCAGGAAGUAGAGGGUGGGAUUCAGACCCAGCCCUCCAUCCUGAAGACCAGAGGGGUUCCUGGACCUGCCACCCACCCCAAACCCUUACCCCCUUCUCUCCUGCCCAGCAUCCCUGUCUCAGUCAGACAGAAUGGCUCUGCACAGGUACGUCACAGUGACAGAGUGAGUCUUACCUUGAAGAUUAACAGUCGACCACACUUUGGUUUCAACACUCACUGGGACUCGACAGGAGCAAGAGUCGGAGGCAUCCAACCAGGUAGUCCUGCAGAGUUGUGCCAGCUCCGUGCAGGUGAUGAGAUAGUGUCUGUUGUCCACAGGGUGGCAGAGAUGAGCCACAGCCACUAUGGUAACAACGGUCCAACUGAUACCAGUGGAGAUGCAACGAUGGUGAAACUGGCCCAGAUCAACGGACAAGAGGGGGUGACCUCUAAGAGCAGGAAGGGAGGUUUUCAGGACGAUCCUCUGACUGUCCGAAGUAAAGAACAUGAUCUGAUUGUUUUGAAAACCCAGAAAAGGAGAGCAGAGUUCUUUAAUCAGGAAGGAGGAUCGGCGUCGGCGAUAUCUGAUGUAAGUCAUAGGAACAAGAUGGGGGAACACUGGCUCUUAAGGCUCCAGGUGCCGUCCCUCAGCACCUCCCCCUCCAGUUGGUCCUGGGACUCCGAGGAAGAGAGGAGGAGGCAGGAGAAGUGGCAGGAGGAGCAGGAGCGCCUCCUACAGGAGAAGUACCGUCAGGACCAGGAGAGACUGGAUGCUGAGUGGCAACAGGCCCAGGAGGAGGCAGGGGUGGAGGGAUACAGGCAGGCUGAGGUGACCCCUGAUCCUCUACCGCCCAGAUGCAUCGUGGGAUAUGUAGUCCCUUGUGUCAAAUCAUCCACACCGAACAUGGAGAGCUCAGGAGACAUGACCAAUGGGAUUGCUGGCCUUGCCAGUCCUCAGCCAGCCUUGAGCCAGCCCAUGCCUUCUGUUGCCCAUGUGGCAUCCAAUCAAAAGGAAGUUGUUUCGGACGGGAGAAGGGAGGAGCCUGAAGUGGCAGAAGGAGAUAAUUGGUCUGGGGACUCCUAUGGUUUCACCCAGCUAUCUAUAGCUGACAGGAUGAAAUCCAGGUCCUCCCCAUCGUUGGAGGGUUUCCACAGACAGGAGGUGAAAGGUCAGACUCUGCUGUUGACUGUCCCUCUGUUUAAUGAGUGGCUCCCCAUUCCAAACCCAGCCUUGAUGUUGAUGCACUUUACACCAUGUUGGUCAAAUCUAACCAGGCCUCAUUUACCCGAGACCCAGGGGGACAGGGGUGGGUAAUGACACUAACCAGCCCUCUCAUUUACCCUAGGCCCAGGGAGACAGGGGUGGGUAAUGACACUAACCAGGCCUCUCAUUUACCCUAGGCCCAGGGAGACAGGGGUGGGUAAUGACUCUAACCAGUCCUCUCAUUUACCCUAGGCCCAGGGAGACAGGGGUGGGUAAUGACUCUAACCAGGCCUCAUUUACCCUAGGCCCAGGGAGACAGGGGUGGGUAAUGACUCUAACCAGUCCUCUCAUUUACCCUAGGCCCAGGGAGACAGGGGUGGGUAAUGACACUAACCAGUCCUCAUUUACCCUAGGCCCAGGGAGACAGGGGUGGGUAAUGACACUAACCAGUCCUCUCAUUUACCCUAGGCCCAGGGAGACAGGGGUGGGUAAUGACACUAACCAGCCCUCUCAUUUACCCUAGGCCCAGGGAGACAGGGGUGGGUAAUGACACUAACCAGCCCUCUCAUUUACCCUAGGCCCAGGGAGACAGGGGUGGGUAAUGACACUAACCAGUCCUCUCAUUUACCCUAGGCCCAGGGAGACAGGGGUGGGUAAUGACACUAACCAGCCCUCUCAUUUACCCUAGGCCCAGGGAGACAGGGGUGGGUAAUGACACUAACCAGCCCUCUCAUUUACCCUAGGCCCAGGGAGACAGGGGUGGGUAAUGACACUAACCAGUCCUCUCAUUUACCCUAGGCCCAGGGAGACAGGGGUGGGUAAUGACACUAACCAGCCCUCUCAUUUACCCUAGGCCCAGGGAGACAGGGGUGGGUAAUGACACUAACCAGUCCUCUCAUUUACCCUAGGCCCAGGGAGACAGGGGUGGGUAAUGACACUAACCAGUCCUCUCAUUUACCCUAGGCCCAGGGAGACAGGGGUGGGUAAUGACACUAACCAGUCCUCUCAUUUACCCUAGGCCCAGGGAGACAGGGGUGGGUAAUGACACUAACCAGCCCUCUCAUUUACCCUAGGCCCAGGGAGACAGGGGUGGGUAAUGACACUAACCAGCCCUCU